AUGCCGGCAGAGGCAAGCUCAGCUCCUGCGAGUGACGGCGCCCAGGGAAGUCGGGGGACGCCCGAGGCAGCGGCGGAGAGGGCAGCGCGGCGUCGCGCGGGCAGGGGCAGGGCCGUGGCGGCGCUGCUGAGCAGGGUGGACAGCCGGCGGCUGCUGCUCCUGUCGAGAGGACCAACGGCUCUCCGACACCUGCAAACGAUUCAGGCGAUGCCGUUGCAUCGCUUCGUUGCGGGAACGCAGAGGACCUUUGGCGGCCACCUGACGUCAGAAAUGGCGGAUGGUGGAGGCCAGGUCGACGGGGACGCUGGGCUGAGUGCGGCUGCUGCAGAGUUUGUGCCCGGCCAGGCCAUCGCUCCGAAGAGCAGACAACCACCAAGACAGAAAGCACCCCAAUAUCCUCUGGCUCCAAAGUCAACGGCUGAGGAUCUGCCCACUCGUAUUCACCAGGACAUCAGCAAUGGACAGUAUGAGUGUGUAAUUUGCGCCAGCGAAGUCCUGCGGUCCUCGAAGGUUUGGUCCUGUAACCUGUGCUGGACUGUCGUCCAUCUUCCCUGUGUCAAGAAAUGGCACAAGAGCCAGAUCGAGAAGCCGAACCCCCUGGAACAAGAACAGCCCGAUCAGCCCAGGACAUGGCGAUGCCCUGGCUGCAACUCAAAGUUGACGGAACACCCCAGCUCAUACCACUGCUGGUGUGGCAAAGACAUCAAUCCACAGAAUGUUGGCAGUCUCCCGCCACACUCGUGCGGCCAAACCUGCACGAAGCCGCGAGCGACAUGUCCUCAUCUCUGCUUCUCAGACUGCCACGCCGGGCCGUGUCGUCCGUGCGAUUUGAUGGGACCGACACAGCCCUGUUUCUGCGGCAAGCAGGAGAGCACCAAGCGUUGCAGCGACACCGACUACGACAAUGGCUGGAGCUGCAAGGAGAUUUGUGGCGACCUGCUGCCAUGCGGAGAGCACUUUUGUGAACAAGAGUGCCACUCUGGUCUAUGUGGCAGCUGUACCGUGCCGAUGGUAUCACGUUGCUAUUGUGGCAAGGUCGAGAAGAAGAUUCCUUGCGAUCGUCGGGACGAGGUGCGGACGUCUUUCAAUUAUGGCCAAAUUGACGCCUCGGAAACGGAUACUGUGCAACCUCAAGAGCCGUUCGAUGGUUGUUUCGACUGCGGGGCUUCUUGUGGACGGAAAUACGACUGUGGCCAUCACGAAUGCCAGAAAACCUGCCACCCCCAGGAUGAGGUCGAAGCUCAUUGUCCACUUUCUCCCAAUGUUGUCGAAAACUGCCCUUGCGGCAAAACGCCGCUGGAACGACUGCUCGAACAACCACGGCAGUCAUGCCAGGAUCCUGUUCCUCACUGUCAGGAGAUAUGCGGCAAGACCCUAGCGUGUGGGCACGAGUGUGACAGGACGUGCCACGUUGGCCCUUGCCCACCUUGUUACCAGAGGAUGGACAUUGCCUGCAGAUGCGGCCGCACAUCCAGCCGGACGCUCUGCCAUGGUGAUGACAUGGCUCUUCCCGUGUGUGUGAGAGUGUGUCAAGCGCAGUUGAACUGCGGUCGUCACCAGUGCGGCGACCGCUGUUGUCCUGGCGAGAAGAAGGCGGUUGAGAGGCAGGCGGCAAAGCGGAAGAACAAGCUGCAGAACCCGGAUGAGAUUGAGGCCGAGCAUAUCUGCAUCCGCGUUUGUGGGAGGACCCUCAAGUGCGGUGCUCAUCAGUGCCAACAGAUAUGUCACCGAGGACCGUGCGGAAGUUGUCUCGAGGCCGUCUUCGAUGAGAUCAGCUGCACUUGCGGCCGCACGGUGUUGCAGCCGCCCCAACCAUGUGGAACUAGACCUCCAGAGUGUCGUUUCGAUUGCACGAGGCGGCCGGUUUGUGGACAUCCGCCAGUGUCGCACAACUGUCAUCCCGAUGACAUCGCGUGCCCAAAGUGCCCAUUUUUGGUUGAAAAGCCAUGCAUCUGUGGUAAGCAGAGACUCAAGAACCAGCCAUGCUGGUUCGAAGAGGUCCGCUGUGGACUUCCCUGCGGCGAGAAGCUUAAAUGCGGCCUUGUGGCAAAUCAAGAAAGUCGUGUGGGCACGCAGACCAAGAUAACUGCCAUGCGCCAUACCGAUAAGGCGUGCCAGGCUAAGGAGUUCAUCACUUGUGCUUGCCAACACCGCAAGAAGGAAAUCAAAUGUCUCGCCACCCGUAUCAACCCGGAGCCUGAACGCGAAACUCUCAAGUGCGACGACGAGUGCCUUCGUCUCCAGCGCAACCAGAAACUUGCAGCCGCCCUCAGCAUCGAUCCUGCAACUCACACCGACGACCAUGUUCCCUACUCAGAUACCACGUUGAAGCUAUUCCGCGACAGCGUGCGUUGGUGUCAGACCCAAGAGCGCGAGUUCCGCGUCUUCGCCUCGGACGCCGCCGAAAAGCGCAUACGCUUCAAGCCCAUGCCGCCUUCGCAGCGAGCCUUCCUCCACGCCCUCGCCGAGGACUUUGGCUUGGACACGGAGAGCCAGGAUCCGGAGCCGCACCGUCACGUCAGCGUCUUCAAGACACCGCGUUUCGUGUCGGCGCCCUCCAAGACCCUCGCUCAGUGCGUCAAGAUCAAGAAUGUGCAAGCUGCGGCGGCCAAGGCCGGAGCGUCUGCGUCCGAGGCGCCCAAGCAGGCGCCGUUCAACGCGCUGCUGCUCUCGACCCCGCGGUUCGCGCUGACCAUUGAGGAGCUGGACGCUGCUCUUGCCGGAGAUUUUGCGGCGCAUAACAAUCUGUCUUUUACGACGAGCUUCCUGCCGUCAGAUGAGGCCGGCUUAGCCGGUGCCGUGACGCUCGUGCAUGCGGACCAGGACCAGAAUGUCUUGCGGAAAGAGGUCACGGGGGAGACGAAGGAUGCUGGCGGCUGGAGCUCCGUCGUGGGGCGGAGGCCGCAGGCUGCGGCGCCUGCGCCUGUCGAGAAGAAACCUGCUAGCGGGUUCGUGAGUUUCUCGAGGCUGCCGAGAAAGAAGAUUGUGCAAGAGACGGAGGAAGACUGGGAGGCUGCUGCGGAAAAAAUGGAUGAUUAG